AUGCGUCGGUUAAAGCCCGUUUUCUUAGAUGUGAAGAAUAUUGGGCGCGAUGGAAAGAAAACCACCGUAUCGAUUCCGCUGAGAGUGGAUCUUGGGAAGCAGCCUCAUAAGAGUACGGAGGAAAAUAGUCAGGACACCAACAGUCCAGUAGAACAAGAUGUCCCUCUUGGCGAUCUCGAUAAGCAGGAACUCUCUACUCAACAGCAAAAUCGCGUUUUGAGUACCUCUGCUAACUGGGAAAAGGUACGGGAAAAGUUGCUGAAUUCGUACAUUGAAGAACAGCAUCUCCCAGACAAUGUGAACUGUGUGAACUGUCAAAAGAGUAUCGCUACAACAAGAUGUGAGUACUGUGGCCCUCGCCAGUACUUUUGUGUUGGAUGUGCACGAGCUCUACUUAACAAAUAGAGAAGCCUUGACUGUGCUCUGUUCUGUUAUAAAGCACGCAGGAAGCGGCUAGAGCACGAAAGAAGUGUAGGGAGAAACACGAGACGUAGUCGAGUGUUUCUUCCCACUUCUUGAGUGCUCUAGCCGCUUCCUAAGUGCUUUGUAACAGAACAGAGCACAGUCAAGGCUUCUCUAUUUGUUUUAUAAUAAAGAAUCCGUUAAAUUCCCCAUGUAUUACUUUCAAUUUUCAAAACAAACUUUAUUUCCAAAGCGAAGAACAGUGUCGUCAGCAUGCUCUAUACUCUCAUAGAGCACGCUACAAUAAGCCAAUCAGAAUCCCUGGUAGAAUGGUUCAAAUAAUCUGAUUGGCUGUACAAGACCAAAGCUGUCAAAAGUGUCAAAACAUCAAAGUUCAAAAACCAUCAAAGUUCACACUCUAUGAUAGUUUACAAACUAAAAUAAUUCGGCAGGUUGAAUUUAACGCUUUUGCCUGAAGUUUUUAAUUCAGAAUCUUGAAGUGAAAUGUUCAGUGAACUUCAGCCGAAUUAUGGCUCAUAAAAACACGCGGGUUUUUUUCACAUGACAAGGUAGAAAACAAACUGUUCAAGGCGAGUGUUUUUUAAAUGAACGACAGCCGAAUUCACCGGAACAUGAAGAUCGCUCGGGAUGACAGCGCCGCAAAACUCGGCUGCAGUGACUGAAGUGACUUUCCAGUCAACACAUUGGAAAGGAUAUCAGAGCGAGCUCUUAUUUUUUCACUCGAAGGGCGGCCGACGUAGUUUCUGAGGCUUGCUUUACUGUGAUGACCGGAGAUCGGCAUGAUAAGGGAGUCACGAUGGACUUCAGCAUGAUCAUAUUUGCUUAGACACCGUCAUGAUUAGUAUGAAUUUUAACAAUUAUGCCAGUUUGGUUAUAUUUUUCAUCAUUUCUGUUUUGUUUUUGAACUCUGAACUUUAUAUACUAUACGAGUGUUGGCUGUGUUUGAUUUUCAUUACCGUACGUAAGCUUGCAAUCUAACUGAGCGUGAAAAUCUUUAAAAUUCGGAAUGUCUAUUUUGUUUUUCCUUUGAGGAUUUUCGUAUCUGCCCACGUUUUAAUAACGUAAAUAACGGCGCCUUUGGUUCUUCUGUUACUACUUGCCGGCUCGCUUGUUCCGAAAUUUCACUUUCAAUUAUCGGAAAAAAGCUAAAAAGAAGUCCCGGAAAAGGUCGAACAUGGUACAAUUUGGCAGAUGGCGUGACAGCUUUAGCUCAGUUCUAUGCUCUAUACUCUCAUAGAGCACGCUCUUUCAACCAAUGACAGCGCGCGUUAUAUCCGAACUUUAUUAUAAAUGUCAAUCGAAACAAGUUUCAUGUACUUGAGCAAUGGAAGGUGUGUAUGAAUAUUUUGGGGCCAUUUGUAUUCUAGCUACUUUUAGUGUAACAUAUCUUGCUUUCUUUAUUUUAAUAGGAUGGGGUAUUUUCUCCUUUGUAUGCAGACGAGGCAACUGUUAGCUAUGGCCAUAUGUGCAGAACCGCAGCAGUAAAGCUGUUCAGACUUCUGGAUGCCUCAGGU